AUGACACUAAAGAAAAUGACCGAAGGAAACAAUUCUAUAGUAACUGAGUUCAUCCUUGCUGGGUUAACAGACAAGCCAGAGCUGCAGCUGCCCCUGUUCCACCUCUUCCUAGGAAUCUACGUGCUCACCAUGGUGGGGAACCUGGGCAUGAUCAUCCUGAUCCUGCUCAGUUCCCCCCUGCACACUCCCAUGUACUUCUUCCUCAGCAGCCUGUCCUUCAUUGACCUCUGUUAUUCCACUAUCAUUACGCCCAAAAUGCUGGUGAACUUUGUGACAGAGAAAAACGUCAUCUCCUACCCUGAGUGCAUGACUCAGCUCUACUUCUUCAUUGCUUUUGUAAUAUCUGAAUGUCACAUGUUGGCUGCUAUGGCAUAUGACCGCUAUGUUGCCAUCUGUAACCCCUUACUGUAUAAUGUGACCAUGUCCUAUCAAGUCUGCUCCUGGAUGGUUGGUGGGGUAUAUGGCAUGGGCUUUAUUGGUGCUGCAGUUCAUACACUCUGCAUGCUAAGGGUUCUUUUCUGUAAGGCCAAUAUAAUAAACCAUUACUACUGUGAUCUUUUUCCACUGAUGGAGCUGGCCUGCUCCAGCACGUUUAUCAAUGAGGUAGUACUUUUAUGCCUCAGUGCUUUUAAUAUCUUUAUUCCCACCCUGGUCAUUCUUAGCUCUUACAUCUUCAUCAUUGCUAGCAUCCUCCACAUUAAAUCCACUGAGGGUAGGUUCAAAGCCUUCAGCACUUGCAGCUCCCACUUCUCUGCUGUGGCUGUCUUUUUUGGAUCGCUGGCAUUCAUGUAUCUGCAGCCAUUCUCAGUCAACUCCAAAGACAAAGGGAAAGUGUCAUCUGUAUUUUAUACUACUGUUGUACCCUUGCUGAAUCCCCUGAUCUAUAGCUUGAGGAAUAGGGAUGUAAAACUGGCUCUACAUAAGUUCCUACAAAAAGGAAGUUUCAUAUGA